UCCGAGAGGAUGCUACAGGGGAGCAGACCUUCCAGGACACCCAGCACUCCGGAGAAUGGCGUGUGCUCCUUGGCGUUGCCCUCCGACCAGCAACUGGACAGGAAGAACAGGGAGGCCCAGGAGAGCGAGCUGCUCAAGAGCGCCCGGGUGCAGGAGCAAGUCCGCAUGAGGAUGCUGCAGAAGAGCCAGGCGGGCCCCAGGCCCAACGGAGCCGGGCUGGACUACGCCGAGCUGAGAGGUGGAAAUGCCUCCAGUGGCCAAUAUGGCACCCUACAGCAGCAGUUCAGCUCCCGAUCCCAAACAAACGGCAUAGAUCACAAGGGCCCUAUUUACAAACCAAUUGCACAGAAAGGUUACAACACUCUGAAAUCGACCAGCUGGUCAUCUCGCUCAGCAGUGGAUCUCAGACCUAACAAGAGGAUAGCCACCAUCGGCAAUGGUGUUGGGCCAAAGGGCCCAGUUUAUGGCACAAGUUACGCUCUGUCUCAAGCUGCUGCCUCCCGCCCCAGGUCUUUCCAUGAGCGUAACUACCGGGCCCAUCAAAACUUUGACACCAUGUCUCUGCACUCCUUGCGCCUGGCGGAUGGGCCGGGCAGCCCUGGGGGUGUGGAGGAUCACUACAGCAUCAUGUCUGAGCAGGUGGAUCCCCUGGCCCAGGCAACCCUCUACAAAAACAGGGGAGGUGGCGGCGGCGGCGCUUUCAGGAGAUCAUACACGUUUGAAAGGCAGAUGAGUGCUGGUGCAAAUGUUUGCCCCAAGGGGGCCGUUGACUGGAUGGAUGGUGUGGAGCCCCCCCAGAAUAGGGCUGUCAUCCGUGCGCCUGCCAUGCGCACACUGCAGCGCUUCCAGAGCAACAACCGGUCCCGCUUCAGCACUGGCUCCUUCAGUGGCAUCCAGGCCUCUCAAGGUGUGGCUGGGAACUCCUACGCAGGAGUAUUGGAACGCACUUCCCGGGCCCCAUCCGUGCGCAGCUUGGCUGAGUCCAACCACCAUCUGCAAGACCUGCGUGCCAUUGACAUGUAUGAUGGUCAAAACAACACCCUGAUGCGCCAGCAGUCUUUCUCUGGAGGGUUUGAUGACAUUGACCUUCCAUCUGCAGUGAAAUACCUGAUGGCCAGUGACCCCAACCUACAGGUCCUUGGAGCUGCUUAUAUCCAGCACAAGUGCUACAGUGACAGUGAUGCCAAGAAACAGGCCCGUAGCCUCCAAGCCGUACCUAAGCUAGUGAAGCUCUUCAAUAGUCCUAAUCAAGAGGUGCAGCGCCAUGCCACAGGUGCCAUGCGCAACCUUAUCUAUGACAAUGCUGAAAACAAGCUGGCGCUGGUAGAGGAAAAUGGGAUCUAUGAACUGAUGCGCACUUUGCGUGAGCAAGAUGAUGAAUUACGCAAGAAUGUUACAGGCAUCUUCUGGAAUCUGUCUUCCAGUGAUAACCUUAAGGACCGCCUGGCUCGUGACACCCUAGAGCAGCUCACAGACCUGGUCUUGACCCCUCUGUCUGGUUCAGGCAGUGCUGCAAUAAUUCAACAAAAUGCCUCUGAAGCAGAAAUUUUCUACAAUGCCACUGGCUUCCUCAGGAAUCUCAGUUCUGCCAGCCAGCAAACCCGACAGAAGAUGCGUGAGUGCUAUGGGCUGGUGGACUCCAUGGUCAAUUACAUCAACAGUUCACUGGAAGUGGGGAAGUCAGAGGACAAGAGCGUAGAGAACGCAGUCUGUGUGAUGCGCAACCUCUCCUACCGUCUGUACGAUGAGAUGCCUCCUUCAGCCCUCCAGCGGCUUGAAGGCCACAAGAGGAACGACGGGGCUACCAUGACAAGUGAGCUGGUGGGAUGCUUCAGCCCACAGAGCAGGAGGGCCCGAGAGCUCCACAUGAACUCCGAUAUUGUGACUUUCACAGAAGUCUCUAAGGAUCCCAAGGGGAUGGAGUGGCUCUGGAACCCUCAGAUUCUUGGCACGUACAACCAGCUGUUACAGAGAUGCGAACUGAACAAGAACACCACAGAGGCAGCCGCAGGGGCUCUUCAGAACAUCACAGCAGGAGACAGGAGGUGGGCUGGUGUCCUCAGCAGAGUGGCUUUGGAACAAGAGAGAAUCCUGAACCCAGUGCUGGACAGAGUCCGCACAGCUGACCAUAACCAGCUUCGCCCACUGACUGGUCUGAUCCGCAACUUGUCCCGGAAUGCACGCAAUAAAGAUGAGAUGUCAACCAAAGUGGUGAGCCAUUUGAUCGAGAAACUUCCAGGCAGCCCUGGAGACAAGUGGCCCCCAACGGAUGUGGUGGUCAACAUCAUUGCAGUGCUGAACAACUUGGUUGUGGAAAGCCCCAUCGCUGCCCGUGAUAUCGUCUACUUCGAUGGCCUGCGCAAGCUCUUCUACAUCAAGAAGAAAAGGGACAGCUUGGAUAAUGAGAAGUCUUCCAGAGCUGCUUCCAGCCUCCUGACCAACAUGUGGCAGUACACUAAGCUUCAUCGGGAUUAUAAGACCAAGGGCUAUCGAAAAGAGGAUUUUCUUGGUCUAUAAAGAAGAGGACCCACAGAACAUGGACUGUCCCGCCCUAAUUCUUCCCCCUUAAAUUUAUCCAUGAAUCUUCACUGUGGCUCUUCUUGAAGUUUGCUCGUCUUGGCAUGCUCCUUUUUAUAUAACUCAGUUCACUUUUGCCAGUGUGCCUUAUUUUUAUGGUUCAUUUUCAAGUCUGCUAAAAAUUCAGUUUCCUUUCAUGGCCAUCUUAUGUCAUGACAACACUUCUGAAUUAUAAAGACAAAUUACAAUCCAAGCAAAUGUUCAGAAAAGCUCCAGUCGGCACAGAACCUUUCACAUCUGCCUCGUGUCCCGAAAGGCCAUGGCUCCCAAAUAUUUCUCUGGAAUUCAGGAAGAUUGACCUCACAGCAGGACUUACAGCCUUGCUAAGGAUAUGGAAGAAAUGCAUAUGAAGGGCUUUUAAGUGUCCAGGAGUAUUUUCAUCUGCUGUCAUGCUCUCGCGCUCUCUUUCGUUCCUCUUGGAACUCUUGUUUCUUACCAUAGAAACAAAGAGUUUGCUUUUAAUUUUUGAUUAUCUAGGAUAUAAUUUGAGGCAUAUACAGAUUUUAGUAGCAAAUGGGCCUGCACCUAGCACUCCAGGAAAUGAUCCUGGUGAUAUCAGACCCGUUUCUGAAACAUUUGAGGGAACAAAGCAGUUUAAAGUUGUACGACUGAGAGGGUAUAAAUCGGUGCAUUUUAUUUUUGUUAGCUAAAAAGGUCAGAAACAGUGGAGAUCCUAAAGAUGGAAUUUUCUAAAAAUGCACAUUGUAAUUAGCACCCAUUUUCUUUGCCUAAUAUAAAGAUUGUAAAGAUUGUGAGGCAUAAGCAGCAGUGGAUAAGGAGCCCAGGCUGGCUUAGAAAGUACUGGCUAGAAGGGAAUCUGGUCACUGGCCAAUCUUACUGUGGCUUCUACAUGAUUUCUGUAUAGAAGACAGUCUUCCCAUGGCAUUGAUGUUCAUCCUGUGAGAUUAAGGAGAUCCUCUGAAUGCUUAACUCCUUGCCUGAUCAGUGCCAGUGGGUUGUGUAUUCUUAGUGAUCUGCUACAGGAUAUGCAUCUAAUGCGUGGGUAUCGUGUGCAUCUUAGCAACAGGAUGUGUGUAUUUUUUCUCACACCCCAGGAGAUUAUUGCAUAGACAAACCGAAAGCUAAGAAGAGUGAUGAAGUGAUGGGGGGGGAGCUGUUUCUCCACCUGGAAUAUUCUUAUAUCAAAAGACUAUGCUGUGUAAGCAUUUUGGAAAAGCUAUGGUUUGAACCUGUGGCAAGAAUCUUAAAGUAUGGCAGCACAUCUGUAUUUAAGAUGUUUUUCUUAGACAGUAGAAGAGAAUCCAGUAGUGCUUUUGAAAUAACGAGACGCAAGGAAUUGGGCAUUGCAUAUUUAUUGGAAUAAUUAUUGGAACAGUUAUGUAUGGUUGAUUGGUAAGGACCUGAAAACUGUUAAGAUGAUUUGUUUGUACUAAAGCAAAAUCCUUCAUGACUGGUUAGCACCCUUUUGAAGCAACCGGUCCCUGAUAUCUGCUGUGUUCAGCAGAAAGCAAAACUAAGCAACAAAUUAGAUACCUGCUAAUUAUUUAAAAAACAAAAUGUAUAAUACACAGGACAGCUUAAUGAGGGAAAAUAUUUGCUAACCAAGAGGUAAACUUUCAAUUAGGGGCAAAUCGUUCCUGCAGUAAUAAAUCCAAUGAUUUAUUGGAAUGUCACAUCAGAAUGCUGAAUUAAGAGAAUAUUCCUACAAAGAGGCUGUGAUGUUGGGUGGUGCUGUGGUCACAGGGCAUACAGUGGCUGUCUUCUGUCCACCUACAUAUGCCAUCACUUUAGCAUAUAGGAUUUGAUGUAAAUCCCACUACAGGGCAUAUGCACUGUGCCUUACAGAAAACAAAACAGUCCAUUCAGCCCCACCAAUUUUGUAGACUCCCCCUCACCCCCAAUCUAGCUAAAAGCCAUUGAGGUAUUUGUCUUCUUAAAUGCCUUCCACAUAAACCAGCAACAGCUCUUGGUGUCCAGCCAGAUCCAAGGAAGGCAUGCAAGUACAUCCCCUUUAAUGAUAUACUUCAAAUCUCUGCAGAAAUGGCUUUUGACUUCAGUAUAUGCUGGGAAUAUUUUCUGUUUUGUUAAAUGUCUUGGUAACUCUUGAACCUAUACUAGAUUCAAAUUUUAAGCGCAUAUUUUCUUCUGCCACAGUGGGAAGCCAAUAAGGUCUCAAUGGGCACCAAACAAAUGUGGGUGGGCCGUCCUGUAUAUACUGUACAUAGAAUGCUUCCUCCUUUCUGAUGCUAUUGUAGGUAUUUCACCUUGGUUUGUUUUUUCUGAUGUCAUGAGGCCUCAUCUGCCUUCAUGCCUCCUGAAAAAAUAACUAUGCAAGUGACAAGUUGUUUGAGAAAAGGAAGACUAUUUUAGUAGCUGAUACCUUGCUUGUGAAAAUACUGGCUUCCUGAGCCUGGCACAUAGAGAUGUUAUUCCAUUCCAGGGCCCACUCACUGAUUCCUCAAAUGUCUGACACAGGUACAUAAAAUCGGGAAGACAUUUUCCCUAGUUCCCAAGUUUGCAUGCAUGCACUUAUAGAUCUAUCUCUUUGAGCAUAUGUGUGUAGGCAUAUCAUAUCCCAUUUCAGAAAUGCUCAGAAAUUGUGUGUUCUCUU